GUUUCACGUCAUGUAACGGCGAGGUCCCUUCGGUGUGGGGCGGGCUGGGAGUGCUUCAGGGGAGGCUGCGUGGGGCACUGGCGGAGCCACCGGGCAGGUGUGGGUCUCAGCUGUGGCAGGGGCGGAGCUGCUUUUUUGGCGGGGGCUCCUGCCUCUCCUCCGAGCGGGCUCUCUCUCGCGCGCGAGCGCCUUUGUGUUGGCGCGGCUGAGGGGAGCGAGCGAGCGAGCCAGCCAGCGAGCCGGGACUCUUUCAGCAGCGAGCGGAGCAGCCACUGAGCAGCGGGCGCCGAGCUUUAAAUGAGCAUUAAGAUCGCGCGGGGAGAGCGGCGGCAGCGGCGUGGGCUGGCUCGGACGGAGCGCGCGUGUGGAGGAAGGAGGCAGCGAGCGCGUCCCCUCGGCUCCAGCGGCGGCAGCGGCAGCGGCAGCAGAUCAGUACGGAUACCUAUUACAAUAUAUCUAUUUGGAUUUUAACACAUCUGGCCAGCUUCUCUAUUGCUUUUUGAACAACCCCAUCAAUCCUUAGUUGGGCAAUCAAGAGCCGCAAAGCUGCUUUCCACGUGGACUGGUGCUGACGUUUCUCGUCCAUCUGCGAGAGCCUCUCCAUCGAAACCUAGAGAAAUGGCGACAAAUGGAACAAAAGUAGCCGAUGGACAGAUCUCCACAGAACUCAGUGAUGCCUCAAUCACCAACGACAAGCCUAAGACAUUGGUAGUGAAGGUGCAGAAGAAGAAAGGAGAAAUUCCAGCCAGAGACACCUGGAAGGGAAGAUUUGACUUUCUUAUGUCCUGUGUGGGCUAUGCAAUUGGUUUAGGGAAUGUGUGGCGGUUUCCAUACCUUUGUGGGAAAAAUGGAGGAGGAGCCUUCCUGAUUCCAUAUUUCCUUACUUUAAUUUUCGCUGGAGUUCCCCUGUUCCUUUUGGAAUGUUCACUUGGCCAGUAUACGUCCAUAGGCGGCCUUGGAGUCUGGAAGCUUGCUCCAAUGUUCAAAGGUGUGGGAUUAGCUGCUGCUGUCCUGUCCUUCUGGCUUAAUAUUUACUACAUUGUGAUUAUUUCCUGGGCCAUAUAUUAUUUGUACAACUCUUUUACUACAAAUCUUCCAUGGAGGCACUGUGAUAAUCCCUGGAACACAGACCGCUGUUUCUCCAAUUACAGUAUAACAAAUACCACCAACAUGACAAGUGCUGUUUUGGAAUUCUGGGAACGUAAUAUGCACCAAAUGACAGACGGACUGGAAAAACCAGGACAGAUCCGUUGGCCAUUAGCCAUUACUUUAGCAAUUGCCUGGGUUUUAGUCUAUUUCUGCAUCUGGAAAGGGGUAGGCUGGACAGGAAAGGUGGUGUACUUUUCUGCUACAUACCCAUAUGUCAUGUUGCUUAUCUUGUUCUUCCGUGGAGUAACACUACCUGGUGCAAGGGAAGGCAUUUUAUUCUACAUAACCCCUAAGUUUGAAAAACUAUCAGAUUCUGAGGUAUGGCUGGAUGCUGCCACACAGAUCUUUUUCUCUUAUGGUUUGGGUCUUGGCUCAUUGAUUGCUCUAGGAAGUUACAACCCCUUCAACAACAAUGUUUACAGGGACUCUAUCAUAGUGUGCUGCAUAAACUCCUGCACAAGUAUGUUUGCUGGUUUUGUUAUCUUCUCUAUUGUUGGAUUUAUGGCUCAUGUCACCAAGCGUCCUAUUGAAGAAGUUGCAAAAUCAGGUCCAGGGCUUGCGUUCUUAGCAUAUCCAGAAGCAGUGACGCAACUUCCUGUUUCUCCAUUGUGGGCAAUACUAUUCUUCUCCAUGUUGCUUAUGCUGGGAAUUGACAGUCAGUUCUGUACUGUUGAAGGAUUCAUAACAGCUCUGGUAGAUGAAUUUCCGAGGUUAUUACGCAGUCGACGAGAAAUUUUCAUUGCUAUUGUUUGCGUUGUUUCCUAUCUGAUAGGACUAUCCAAUAUUACUCAGGGUGGACUAUAUGUGUUCAAGCUUUUUGACUACUACUCUGCAAGUGGGAUGAGUCUCUUAUUUCUUGUGUUCUUUGAGUGCAUCUCCAUAUCCUGGUGCUACGGUGUAAACAGAUUUUAUGAUAAUAUCCAGGAGAUGGUUGGCUAUAAACCAUGCAUCUGGUGGAAGCUCUGCUGGUCCUUCUUUACUCCCAUCAUUGUGGCAGGUGUAUUUAUCUUCAGCGCUGUGCAAAUGACUCCUCUUACAAUGGGUGAUUAUGUAUUUCCAAAAUGGGGCCAAGGUGUUGGCUGGUUUAUGGCUCUAUCAUCUAUGGUGCUGAUUCCAGGUUACAUGGCAUACAUGUUCCUUACUUUAAAAGGCUCCUUAAAACAGCGUAUCCAAGUAAUGAUUCAGCCAAGUGAAGACAUUACUCAUCCUGAAAAUGGGCCUGAACAAGCACAGCAGAGCAACUCUGCAAACAAAGAAGCAUAUAUAUAAAGUUUGGGUCAUAGAAAUGAUUCAAACCUUCCUCUGGGUGGGAGGGGGGGCAAACAAAUAAACACAAAAGAAACAUGGUUGAAUAUGACCACAAAUUUAUGUCUGAGAAUAAAAUUACCUACCUCUAGUGGCACAAAAUACCAUCACCACUAUAAGGGAAGCAAUUGUGGCUAUGAUCGAACCAUUGUGUGGGCUUAGUUGUUGACAAUGUUUUGUGUUUUCUGGCAAUCCAUAGACUGUUAACAUUUUUAUUCUCUUUCUCACUAAGAGCUGAGUAUCUGUGGAAUUUAUAAAGGACACAUGUAGGCCAUUUUUAAUCUACCUUUUAGAGCAACAAUUUGAAGUUUUGUGCAGCUGGUUUUUAUUAAUAUAUUUCUUACUGUUUGAAUCCCAGACUGUUAUUUCUGAGAACAGUUAAAUUGGAAAGCUGUUUUGUAUUCACCAGCAAAGUAUUUUUUACAAAGAAAAUUUACAGUGAAAACGCUACCCUAAAAUAGUAACCAAUCUCACUCUUGAGUUGGUUUUUCUAAUUUCCUUGAAAAUAUCCUUCUGCACAGAAGUAUAUUAAAUAACUUGUAAACAAAAAAGCAAGCUAUUUCUAAAAGUAUAAAGCACAGAUUAAAUUGCACCACUACUUAACUCUGUCCACCAGGCCUCUCACAUUUAAGAUCUUAUUUUAUAUAUAUUUUUGAAUAUUGUCAGUAUAAACAUAUUUCAAAUAUUGGGCCAAUUAGAAAAAAUAAAAGUGGCAAUAUUAUGACACAUAUACUAUAAAUCAUAAACCUCUCCUAAAGCUCACCAUAUUUAAAGCUGUACAAAUUAUUAUUUAAGCCAGAUUGUGCUUCACUUUAUGUUGCACCAUCAACAGGUGUAACACUACAUCACCAAAAGAGAAUCGUACAAAUAUUUUACAGAUCAAAAGGCUCCCCAAGGAAAAUAAUUGAGGGCUUUACAAUUAGCACUGCUCUAGUUUGUCUGUUAAAGGCCUAUCAACAAUAAACGUUUUAGACUAGCAAAAGUACUAUAAAAGCACUUUGAAGAUUUUUUUUAUUUUUAUGGUUUUAUUUAGAUGUAUGUCUUUCAUGGUAAUGAUAAAGAUACAAGGAAAAGGUCUUUCCAUAAACA